AUGGGAGCCAAGAACAAUGAAAGUCUUGAUUUCCUAUCUGUCUUUCUGACUGGACUCCCAGGAUUAGAAGCCCAACAUGGCUGGUUUUCCAUUCUCUUCUUCACUAUGUAUAUUGUGGCAAUUGUGGGCAACAGCCUAAUCAUGGCAGCAGUGCAGACAAACCCUGCCCUACAGGAGCCCAUGUACCUGUUUCUGUCUAUGUUGGCUGUGACUGAGGUGGGUGUCUCUGUGUCUACUCUGCCCACUGUCAUGGGCAUUCUUUGGUUUAAUGCCUUCCAGGUUGACUUUGAUGGCUGCCUGUCUCAGAUGUUUUUCAUUCACACUUUCUCUUGCAUGGAAUCAGGGGUCCUCUUGGCCAUGAGUUAUGAUCGCUUUGUAGCUAUCUACAACCCACUGCGCUAUACAGCCAUAUUAACUCUGCCCCGCAUCAUCUGCAUGGGUCUGGGCAUUACACUGAAGAGUGUGACGCUCAUGGCCUCCCUUCCAGUCCUUUUGAGGCGACUGCCCUACUGCCACACUAAUAUCCUCUCUCACUCCUACUGCCUCCACUCAGACCUGAUCCAGCUGCCAUGUGCUGACACUAAGCUCAAUAGCAUCCUGGGCUUGGCUAUUGUCCUGGCCACUUUUGGGCUAGACUCACUGCUUAUUGUGAUCUCUUAUAUACUGAUUCUUUACACAGUAUUGGGCAUUGCUUCUGGGGAGGGACGGCGGAAGGCUCUCAACACAUGUGUGUCACACAUCUGUGCAGUGCUUGUGUAUUAUGUGCCUAUGAUUGGUGUGUCUGUGAUGCACCGUGCUGCCAAGCAUGCCUCACCCCUGAUCCACACCCUCAUGUCCAACAUCUACCUCUUUGUGCCUCCUGUGCUCAACCCCAUCAUCUACAGUGUCAAGACCAAGCCAAUUCGACAGGGAAUUGCUGGCUUAUUUUCCUGCAAGAGAGAAUUGUUCUGA